CGGAGGCGACAAGAGAGAGAGGAAGCAGAGAAAGUUGGUAGAGGAGCGAGAGGGCGAGAGGAGAGGAGAGGGGUCGAGCAGAUGGGAGGAAGGAAGGAAGGAAAGGAUCUCUCUGUGGGCUCAAGUGCGCGAUUAAAGGAUUGUGCGUAAAUAAACAAAUGAAUCAAAGCCUAUAAUAAAAUAAAAAGGGGAGUCAAAGGCGCGCCACCGCGUUUCGUGGACGCGGACAAGACAGCGCGCUGAAACAAGUCCUGUCUUUCUCUCUCUGGAUUUUACUCCUCAUGUUCUCCAAACUCUCGGUGGGGUUCACUAACUUUUGACGUCAGUGUUUGAAAAACUUCCCCCGAGUCCUUCCGAUUCACUCUCUCCCCGGAAAAGAAGCUCCGGGGUGGAAGCGGAGGAAGGAAGAGCGUUUUUUGUUCCUUCCGAGGAGUGCAGCUCGCCGUAGCCGGGGUUUAGGCGUUGGCACCCGGGCAGGGAGUCCCUCGCCAUGGCCGGGGCCAAGCCGGGAGUCCACGCGCUGCAGCUCAAACCUGUGUCCGUCCACGAAGCGCUGAAGAAGGGGGGCAAGUUCAUCAAGUGGGACGAGGAGCCCAACAGCGGGCCCCCCACCCUGGUGACUCUGAAAGUUGACCCAGAUGGACUCUUCCUCUACUGGACUGGAGGGUCCAACCUGGAGGUGGAGACUCUGGACAUCAACACCAUCAGAGACACCAGAACAGGAAAAUACUCCAAACAACCAAAGGACCCGAAGCUGCGGGACGUGCUCGGCUUCGGUAAGGGUGACAGCGUGGAAAGGAAGCUGGUAACCGUCGUCCAUGGCAACGACCUGGUCAACAUCUCCUUCCUCAACUUCCAGGCCAUGCAGGAAGAUACAGCCAAGAUUUGGACAGAUGAGCUGUUCACUUUGGCCACAAACAUACUUUCCCAGAAUGCAUCGCGGCACUCCUUCCUCCACAAAGUGUACACUAAGUUAAAGCUGCAGGUGAAUCAGGAUGGGAAAAUGCCCGUGAAGAAUAUUCUCAAGAUGUUUUCCGAUAAGAAGAGAGUGGAGACGGCUCUGGAGCAGUGCGGCCUCGUCAAUAACCGGUCCGAGGGAAUCAAGCCAGACGAUUUCACGUGGGACGCCUUCCAGAAGUUUCUCGACAGCCUCUGUCUCCGGCCUGAGAUACAAAGCAUCUUUGAGGAAAGUGGCUCCAAGAGUAAGCCGUUCAUCUCUUUGGACCAGCUGAUCGACUUCAUUAACCGCAGGCAGCGAGACUCGAGGCUGAACGAGGUGCUGUACCCCCCGCUGAAGAGAGAGCAGGUCCGACAGAUCAUGGAGAAAUAUGAGACCAACGUCAGCCAGCUGGAGAGAGACCAGAUCAGUUUGCAGGCUUUCAGUCGGUAUCUGGAAGGAGAGGAAAACAGCAUCGUACCUCCAGAGAGGUUGGACAUCAUCGACGAUAUGAACCAACCGCUGUCUCACUACUUCAUCAACUCCUCACACAACACAUACCUCACAGUGGGUCAGCUGACCGGUCUGUCGUCGGUGGAGAUGUACAGGCAGGUGCUGCUGACCGGCUGUCGCUGCAUAGAGCUGGACUGCUGGAAGGGCCGGCCGCAAGACGAGGAGCCGUACAUCACCCACGGCUUCACCAUGACCACUGAGAUCCCCUUUAAGGAGGUGAUUGAGGCGAUAGCAGAAAGUGCUUUCAAGACCUCUGCGUACCCCCUCAUCCUGUCCUUCGAGAACCACGUAGACUCGGCCAAGCAGCAGGCCAAGAUGGCCGAGUACUGCAGGACCAUCUUUGGAGACGCGCUGCUCAUCGAUCCACUGGAGAAAUAUCCGCUGGACCCCGGUCAGGAGCUCCCCUCCCCACAGGAGAUGCUGGGGAAGAUUCUCAUCAAAAACAAGAAGAAGCACCAACACCACCGACCCUCGAGUAGUGGCAGCAUACGGCGCAGAGAGCUGGAGGAGCAUUCGUCCCACAACAACGACGGCCCUCUGACAGACGGCGAGGGAGGCCCGCUCCUGACUAACGGGGAGGAGAAGCUGGCUGAGCGGAUGGUCAAAGACUCGGAGCCUCGCAAAUCCCUCGGAGGCGAAGGAGAGAGCGAGGAGGACGAGGAGGACGAUGCGGUGGCGGACCUGAAAAAGCCGAACUCUGACGAGGGCACCGCCAGCAGUGAGGUGAACGCCACGGAGGAGAUGUCGACUCUCGUCAACUACAUCGAGCCCGUCAAAUUCAAGAGCUUCGAGGUGGCAAACAAGAGGAGGAAGUUCUUUGAAAUGUCGUCAUUGGUGGAAACAAAAGGCAUGGACACCCUGAAGAGCUCCCCCAUUGAGUUUGUCGAGUACAAUAAGAACCAGCUGAGCCGAAUCUACCCUAAAGGAACGAGGGUGGACAGCUCCAACUACAUGCCUCAGCUUUUCUGGAACGUCGGCUGCCAGAUGGUGGCGCUGAACUUCCAGACGCUCGACCUCCCGAUGCAGCUGAACAUGGGUGUGUUCGAGUACAACGGCCACAGCGGCUACCUGCUGAAGCCUGAGUUCAUGAGAAGGACGGACAAACACUUCGACCCUUUCACAGAAAACAUAGUAGAUGGGAUCGUCGCCAAUACUGUCAAAAUUAGGGUGAUCUCAGGCCAGUUUCUGACUGAUAAGAAGGUUGGCGUGUACGUGGAAGUGGACAUAUUUGGACUUCCCGCUGACACAAAGAGGAAGUACAGAACCAAAACAUCCAAUGGGAACUCGCUGGACCCCGUGUGGGACGAUGAAAUGUUUGUGUUUAAUAAGGUCAUCCUCCCUACACUGGCCUCUCUGAGGAUAGCGGUGUUUGAAGAAAACGGAAAGUUUAUUGGACACCGGAUCCUCCCUGUUUUGGCGAUUAGACCUGGCUACCACUACAUCAACCUGAAGAAUGAGCUGAACCAGCCGCUCCUCCUGCCCUCGCUGCUGGUUUACACCGAAGCGCAGGACUACAUCCCGAAUGAACACCAGGAGUACGCAGAGGCUCUGACCAACCCCAUUAAGCACAUCAGUGAGUUGGACAAGAGAGGGGAGCAGCUGGCUGUUCUUAUAGGUGAAGACGGUGAGCACGUCCCCAUCCAGCCCGACGAUGGAGACACAAAGGGAGAGGGUGCCGUCAGUCCAGGAGCUCGACUCCCCUCCCUGUUCUACCCCCUCCCCCCCUGCUCACCGGAUAAAGCCCCUGACAUCAAAUUACCUGCACUGGUACAAAGUCCGAAGGAGGACCUCAUAGCCACUGUCCUGGCAGACAUCCAGGUCCAGUCUCGAGAGUUGAAGCAGCAGAAGAACUAUUUGAAGCUGCUCAAGAAACAGAGCAAAGAAAUCAAAGAGCUGCGUAAGAAGCACCUCAAGAAGGUGUGGAAUCUGAGUAAGGAGCAGAAGAGUCGGACUAGCCAACUUCAAUCGGACUCCCAGAGGAGACGCAGUCAGAUAGAGAAACACCUCAAACGUAGCAUCAAGAAAAACGAGCCCAACGAGCCGGUGCAGCGUGAACUGACGGAGCUGGAUCAGGAGCUGGAGAAGCAGACGGUCCAGCUGAGGGAAUGGCAGAUGCAAGAACUGCUGAAACUCCGACAGGAGCUUCACCUACCGGAGAGAGAGAAACAACAAACGCAUCUGCAGGAGGCCUUGCAGAAGUUAAAGGAGACGGCCCAUGAAUGCCAAGCAGCUCAGCUGAAGAAGCUCAAGGAGACGUGUGAGAAGGAGAAGAAAGAGCUCCAGAAGAUCCUGGACAGGAAGAGACAAAACAGCAUCAGCGAUGCAAAGACCCACGACAAAGACAAGGCUGAGACGGAACUGAAUGAGAUCAACAGGAAACAUAUUCAAGACUCUGUCUCCUUAAUCCGCGGACUGGAGGAGGCUCAGACCAGGAGACAGGACAAGCUGAUGCUGAGGCAUCGGGAGGUGCUGCAACAUAUAGAUGAUGAAAAUCCACAGCUCCAGUCUCAGUUGGAGAGGAAACUGGAGCAGGAGUAUCAGGGACUACAGGAGGAGAUCUGUCAGCACCUUCAGAUGGAGCUCCACAACAAGGGUCUCGGUAAAGACGCCUUGUACUCGCCCUUGUCCAAACACGGCAGCCCGAGCCUCAGCUCCGGCUCGGGCCCGCCCUCCAACUGCUCCACGCCCUCUUUCCCGUCAUCGCCCAAUCGGUGCCCCUGGAACAGGAGCAUGGACAAUAGCACUGCCUCAUUGGCCGAUUCCACUUCCUCUUCCACCACUACUGUCAUGUCAGAGGCGGAGAUGUCGUUCAGUUAAAAUGAUUACUUGUAAAAAGGAAGAUGCAUACAUUCAACUGGGGUCUAUAAUGAUUAUGGGAUAUAUAUGAAUUAUUUACUAAUUUUAUUCCAUACACAUUAUGUUCUUGUCUACAGAGCUAUAUUAUUUUUCAGAUGCACAUAAUGCCUUAUGUUGGAAGAUUUCAUAAGAAUCAUCAUUUUUUAAAAUUUUUAUUUACAUUUUUUGUGUCUUUUAAUGUCAAAUCCUUUGAUGACUUUCUCUUUGCAUCAUUUCCAUUUUCGUCUGGUCAGUAAGCUUUGCUCUGGUUUUUACACACGAGCUUCAUGUUGCAGCUUUAACAUCUUUAUUGACACUUUAAAGCUUUAAGCUGUGCAGAGAGGAGCAGGGUUAGAAACGUGCACCACACGUACAGCUGGUCCACGCGAUUACGUCAUAGUAACAAAUAAGUAAUUCUCAUUACAAAUGUUUUAUAUUUUUGGUUGUACCAACAAGGAGCUUCAAACAGCCUCAUUAACUAUUUAAAUGAAGAUGAGUGCUAUAAAUAAAUGUUAAAAACCAAAUGUUCACGGGUAGCCGAAUAUCUAGAGGGAAAAGAGGGCAGAAUCUUUUAGAGACUUUUAAGAAAAGAGGUUUAGAAGCUUAAGUUUUAGCUGUAAUGUCAGUAGCUGACCAGCAGGCGGUGCUGCAGGGUCAGCGGUUUGUUUUAAACUGGUGGUUUGAGCCUCCCCUUCAUGGAGCCUGAUGAUCCUAUUACAAUGUACCCCGACACUCACUCACACAUCUGUCUCUGCAGGAUUUGCAGCAUCAUUGGUCAGGAUGAAGUCUCUGACCUUUAACCUCCAAUCAAAGUCCAGCCAAGGUUGAAUGGGUCGGGGGGGGGGGGGUGACAUCCAUCUGGCUAGAAACAAGUAUGUGUGUGUGUUGAGGGAAAAGAAGGGAGGGAUUUAGUGAUGUAACACUUCACACACACACACACACACACACUUGCAUGACACUGUAUAUUCUAUUAAAGCGUUUAUGGAAGUUAUAUCCAUAAUACAUAGUGGUACACACACACACACACACACACACACACACACACACACACACACACACACACUUUACUGGUUCAGUGGCCUAAAGCCUUUAAAAUCCUCAUCCCAUCCAAUCUUCAACUCACGAACACAAUCACAUAUAAUUUUACAAAUAUUGCAGAUUACUAAACUCUACAAGGGUAUUUGAGUGUGUGUGUGUGUGUGUGUGUGGGGGGGGGGGGGCGGCAUAAGUUAAUCUCUUGAUGUGACAUUUGCUCCAGCGCCACUUUAAGUCAUCAUCUGAAGAUUUAAAGCUGCACUAUGACAUUUUAAUGUAAAAGUGCACUCGUAUGUGUCGUCUGAAUCUCCCAAUGAGACGAACGCACGGUGUUUUUUCUUCGCAUUACAAUUAACUGUAGAUUUGCUCAAUUUAGCUAAUUGCUUUAGGGUUCGAUAAUGUGGUAAGAAGUCCUGUCACAGCUCAGGUGACGGCUCAGUGCUUUAAUUUCACGAAGCCUCAACAUUCAAAGAGUUACCUCUUGUUUUAUUAUUAGCUUGUUUCCAGAGUGACACAGAAACAGCUUCACGUUUAUAGUUCAGGGUUAGCAUGCCUCCCUCAGUUAGAUGUAAGCCGCGUGUUGAAUGUGGGGCUGUCGUGCACAAACGGUACUUUAAGUUAUCGCAGCUUCCUCGCUCUUUAUUUUCAUCCAGUACUGGAGACUUUUUAUUUUUAUAGCACAAUGUUUUUUGUUUUUUUUUGUAUUGUCUGCUUUGAGGGGUAAAAAUGAUGGCACUCUAUGUAUAUGUAUCUGUGUAUAUGUUUAGUUUUAUGUGAAUUUUACUACUGACCACAAGUGCUGAAGAGGGAUGGAGGUCAGGAAAGGUGAAGGUAGGCUGACCUGUGGUCCUCUUCCACCUCCGUCCUUCAGUGGCUGCCUGUCUAUCUGAUUACUCCCCCUCACACAAACGUCUUUGUAAACUAUCCUCUAUUUAAAUGGAAUUUUAACAACUUUUCCUUUUGUGGUUAUUUAACGUUUUUUAUUGAUUCAGGAAAAGAUCCAUUGCAUGCAGUAACAAUUUUACAGGGUGUAAAAAGCAUAAAUGUUUUUAAAGCAUUGUGAAAUCAUCAUGGAUAACUUCUAGUUCCUGAGCAGGACAUCCUGCUGCAGCGCUUUGUUUAAACGCUGACCUUCUGAUCUCUGAUCAUUUACCAGUCCAAGAUCGGCAGCCUGUUCUCCUCUGGCUGUCUGCUCACAGCAUGUAAAUGCUUUUGCUCGGCUAUUUGGACACUAAUGUAUACAGUGUGAGUUUUCACUUUAUGUAACGGAGGUGAAACAGCCACCGGUCCAGUCCCAGCGGCAAGUAUUCAACGUAACAUUUGUACAUUAUUACCAGGUUUAUUUUCAUUCUUAUAUUUGAUUCUAUUUUACUACCACCCCUUCAGAUGAGACUAUAUUCAUGUUUCAUUGCAUUUUAGCAUUCUCUGUUUUUGUUGCUUGUAAACCAUCUUUAUUGAGAAGUUUAUUUUAGAGUCGUCGAGCACAUUCUGACAGUUUCACAAGAAAGUUUUAUUUUAUUUAAUUCGGUACUAUUUCCACAGAUGCUGUUGUGAGGGGGAAACAUGAAAAUGCAUCUACUUUAUAAAAGUCUAAAAGGAAAUAAAACACAGAUGACGAUGUACGUAGAGAUCUGCAGACGGCUUCACAUUUAAUGUUGAGCGUUUUUAGAGUUUAAUAGUUUACAGGUGGACCUGCUGGAUUAAUACACUUGAACUGUACGGACAUUAGGUCCCUCGUGCUGGGAGAUAAUGAAGUCUUUAAUUGCCACAGUUAAUUGUUUUAUUUCAGGGCUGUUGAUGGCUAAAGCUGCAAUUAUUAAUAUUUUUAUUUGAACAAUGGAGGAAAUUAUUAUGUAUAAUCUGCGAUUACCUAAAUGAACAUACAUGUUGCACAGUUAAAGCAAUACUUCACUCCCAAAAGGACCAUUUAUAUAUAAACUACUUGCAUUCUUGAAUUGAGUUUAUAGUCCCUUCAAAUGUAAUUAUGAGUCAAGAUAUUUGAAUAAAGAUCUUUGACACUGAAAAGGCCCACAUCCGGUCUCUUUCCUUCAGUACACGCUUAGAUUUGGUUUGUGCUGCUUUGGCGCAGAGAGGAGAGAGAAGUCAGUCUGCUGUUUAACCUCUGUUAUUUCUGUCCUGUUCAUGUUGAGAACACUCAUUUAAACAGCACAAUGUCAUACUCUGGCACAAACACAGACACGUACCAUUAGACAGUAUGCUGGCUUCAGCAUCACACACACAAACACUCAUUGACCCUUAUUAGACAUCUGGUGUGACUCGUCUCCCUGCAGCCCCCCCCCCCCCCCCCCCUUCAGGCUGUCAUGUCUUCUCUCCCUCUCUAUGUCUUCAUCUCUGUCCCAUUUCCUUAUCCUGAGUUUCACUCAAUGAUGACAACAUCUCUUACUCUUGGGCGAGUUAAGUUCAUUAAAAGCAGCAGCCGUGUUUGUACACUUCAGACAGUGAAAGCAUGCGGUACACAAUAGAUGUAAGCUUUGUUGACACUGUAUAUGAUUGUUGGAUAUAAGGGAAUACAAUGAUCCAAAUGUAAUAUUUUAUUGUUAAUGAAUAUGAAGUACAUGACUGAACAUUCAGUAAUAAACUUCCGGUUACAAACUGAA